AUGUCAAAUUUGGACACACCAAGUGGAGUGGUUCCAUCGAUACCACGAAGAAAUAUAUUGAGUGCUUUAUCCGGAGACGAAAUUCGGAACCCACACGUACCAGUCGCACAGCAGAAGAUCGCACAGCAGAUUGCGGAAAAUCGAAGAAUAAUGGAAAAGAAUUUGGAAGUGUUGACAGAUCGCCGAGAUAUGUUGAUCGACAAAUUAUUUCGGAUCACUGAGGCAGUAGAAUUAGAUGAUGUGAAUAUACAUCUCCUUCGGUUGCAUUUGGAUACUGUGCGCAGAUGUUCGGAUGAAUACGAGAAAAUAUACUCCGAAAUGCUAACUUUAUCGUCAAGGGAACAACGAGAUAUAAAUCGAUUGGAGUAUGUAAGGUUUGAAAAGGUACAUGAUCAGUUAUAUGUUACAUUACAAAUGAAAAUAGCGAAUACUCUGGAAGCGGAGUCCAAACGGGAAAGUAUAAAUACAUCGACUGCUCCACAGCAGGUUUUAGUUCAUGCUGCUGCGCCACAACUACAUGCUCCCUUCCCAACGUUCGACGGUAGUGUUGAGAAUUGGUACAGCUUUAAGAGCCUUUUCCAAAGCAUAAUGAGUAAAUACCCGAACGAAACUGCUGCUAUGAAAAUUCUCCACUUACGAAAUGCGCUGAUUGGUGAAGCAAGGGAUAAAAUUGACCAAGAAGUGAUUAAUAAUAACGACUACAAUCAGGCCUGGAAGAUUCUAGAAAACGCCUACGAAGACAAACGAUUGAUCGUGGACACGCACAUCGACGCAAUUUUGGAAAUCGGUAAGGUAACCCGAGAGAAUCGAGGUAAGACAAUCACUAAACUUGUUGACAGCUGUUCCAAACAUACAGAUGCUUUGAGUAGUCACGGAUUUAAGGUAGAAGGUCUUGCAGAGCUAAUUCUCGUAAACAUUUUGUAUAAGAAACUAGAUAAAGAAACGCAGGAACAGUGGGAGUUGGAACUUGGGCGUGGUGAAUUGCCCGCUUUCAGUAGUUUUUUAGAUUUUUUACGGGAACGUGGACGUGUUUUAUUACGAACCAGUCGCUUGCAGCAGCAAACCCCUCAGCAAUUAUCUACUCAUCCUAAGCAGGGUCAAGGAUUCAGCCGUAAAGUUCCAAUGCAAAAUAUUUCGAAGUCUUUCGUGCAAACUGUACGAGCAACCUGUCCGUGUUGUAAAUCUGAACAUGCAAUAUAUCAGUGUCCCAAAUUCCAUAAUCAAGAAGUCGUUGAGCGCAAGACUGUAGUAGUUAAAUCUAAUUUAUGCUUCAACUGCUUGAAGGAGUCCCAUCGUGUUAGUGAUUGUCCGUCAGACAAAAGAUGUAAGGUUCAAGGAUGUGGUCGGAAGCAUCAUAGUUUAUUGCACUUUAGUAAAUCCUCGAACACAGCUACAGCUUAUCAUGCCGAAUUGAGUUCACCACACCAGCAAACAUCUCAAGAAAUACAGAAAGCUCAAGAAUCCAGUGUUGCAGUGCAAUCUUGUGCAAACACAUUGUGCGUAAAAACUGGUACAAUUAAGCGGCAAGUUUUGCUAUCUACGGCUGUAGUCUUGGUAGUCGGAAAGGGGGGUACUACCAUUAAAUCACGAGCUCUAUUAGAUUCGGGUUCUGACAGCCACAUUGUAACUGAACGCCUGGCAAAGCAGUUAAAUCUUAAAUUGGAAAAAAUCGACUUACCAAUCAGCGGUCUCAAUGAUAUUCAAACCAAGGUGAAAUAUUCGCUUUCUACGGAAAUUCAAUCUCGAGUCAAUGCUUUCGCUACGUGUACGUUAGAUUUUCUGGUGGUUCCUAAAGUAACGACAAGUUUACCAAUUGUUGAAAUAGAUGUGCAUACUUUGUCAUUGCCAUCCAACAUAGUCUUGGCUGAUCCGGCGUUCCAUACCCCUGGAGAGAUUGAUUUGAUUCUUGGAAACGAAAUCUUCUUUGACCUUAUUAAAUCAGGUCGCAUAAAAAUUGAGCAUUCUGCAGUUACAUUGGCAGAGACUGAACUAGGUUGGGUAGUCGGAGGAGCAAUUCACAACGGCGACUCAUGGCUGCUUCGUCGUGUGUGUCAAUUCAAUCAUAUGGAAGACGAAUUAAAUCAUACAAUGCUAAAAUUUUGGGAAAUUGAAACCAUCCCAAUGCAAGAAUCUCUUACGGAAACUGAAGCAGCGGUAGAAGAACACUUUAUUAAAACUCACACCCGGGACAAACAGGGACGAUAUCAGGUUCGGCUCCCUUUCAAUGAGCUUAAGGAUCAACUUGGUGAUUCUUAUGAACUCGCAAAGAAACGGUUUGAAAAAUUGAAGCUAGUGCUGAAUAGAAAUCCGGAUAAACGUUUGCAGUAUACAGAAUUUAUGAGUGAGUAUCAAUCACUUGGGCACAUGAAGGAAGCAACCAUUACAGACAAGAAGGGUUACUUCAUCCCACAUCAUGCUGUUUAUAAGGCUUCUAGUUCGACUACCAAGACUCGUGUGGUCUUUGACGCAUCGGCCAAAACUACUUCUGGAAUUUCUUUGAAUGAUGCACUCUCUGUUGGUCCCACAGUGCAAAGUGAUUUGCAAAGUAUAAUACUACGGUUUUGUAUUCACGCGGUGGUUCUAACUGCAGAUAUCCCAAAGAUGUACCGACAGAUACAAAUGUACGAAGAAGACUGUCAAUACCAGCGUAUCUUGUGGUGGAACAAAAAAGGUUCAGAACAGGUCUUUGAACUUCAAACGGUGACCUAUGGCGUUGCAAGUUCGCCGUAUCACGCUACAAGGGCACUAAUGCAACUAGCAAGGGAUGAAGGGUCAAAUUACCCUUUGGCAGCAGAGGUUAUAAAGAACGAUAGCUAUAUUGACGACUUCCUAACCGGAAGUCGGUCUGCUGAAUCGGUCAUUGCGAUUUACCAGCAGCUUUCCGCAUUGUUGGCAAAAGGCGGGUUCGGAGUACAUAAGUUUUGCUCGAAUAGUCCUAAUGUACUAAACAUGAUACCGGCAAAUCUGCACGAAACACAGGUUAGCUUUAACGAUACUGGAAUCAAUGCCCAAAUUAAAACUUUGGGACUUAUUUGGAAUCCGACCGAGGAUUACUUUGGAUUUAAUGUCUUGAAGUUAGAUAGCGACAGUAUUUCUUCAACGAAGCGAAUGGUUUUAUCGGAUAUUGGAAAAUUGUUUGACCCUCUAGGAUUUCUGGGUCCGGUUGUUACUUCGGCAAAGUUAAUCAUGCAAGAAAUAUGGCGUUUAGGUUUGAGUUGGGAUGAAGCUCUCCCAGAAAAUUUGCUACAGAGUUGGAGGCACUUCCGAGACCAGCUACCCAGUGUAAACCAAAUCCGAAAACAGCGAUUGAUUAUAUGUGAAGAUGCGGUAAGAGUUGAGCUACAUGGGUUUUCGGACGCUUCGUUGCGGGCUUAUGGAGCGGUUGUUUAUAUAAGGAGCAUUGCAAGGGACGGCACAAUGACAGUACAGCUCGUUACUAGCAAAUCGCGAGUUGCACCCUUGAAACCCGUUACAAUACCAAGAUUAGAACUCAUCGGUGCCAAGUUACUCGCAGAAUUAGUGAACAAGGUGACAACAUCAAUUCCUGUACAGUUCGAUGAAGUAAAAUUGUGGUGCGAUUCUCAAAUCGUUUUGUGUUGGCUUAAAAAACCUUUGAGAAAUUUGAAUGUAUUUGUUGCUAAUCGUAUAGCUGCGAUAUUGGAAAAAACUAAAAUCGGUCAAUGGCAUUACGUUCGAUCGGAGUACAAUCCGGCUGAUGUUAUAUCCCGGGGUGAAGCUCCAGAGGAAUUAUUGCGAAAUGAGCUUUGGUGGAAUGGAUCUCCAUUACUGUGGCAACAGUACGUCGAUGAUGACCCUCCCGAACCAUUGGAUGAAUUAUCGAUACCAGAACUUAAGCCAGAGAAGCUUGUAGCAACUGUACUUUCAAUUCCAAAGGAGCAAUUUAAUAGGAUGAGUCACUACCGUAAGUUGUUACGAGCUUGGGUAUAUGUUCGACGAUUUAUUACCAUGAAGGACAAGCAUUCAAUAAAGUCAUUGAUCACAGCGGAUGAAAUGACUGAAGCAGAACGACAUAUCCUACGUAUUGUACAACAAGAAGUGUUCGGUGAUAUCAUGAACUGUCUUCGGUCCACACCUAGCAAACGCCACAACUUAAGUAAUAUCGCCCCGUUUAUAGCAGAUGAUGGUUUGAUUCGAGUUGGAGGCCGUCUAAAAUAUUCGGCUAUUCCAUAUGAUGGAAAACAUCAAAUCCUCUUACCGGAAAAACAUCAUGUGACGAUUAUACUUAUUAGAAGACUGCAUGAAGACUAUUUCCACGUAGGCCCCAAUGGACUACUUGCUAUCGUGAGAGAACGCUUUUGGCCUUUACGGGUAAAAACGACGAUCAAAAAAAUAAUUUCAUUGUGUCAGAUUUGUGCUAAACAUCGACCAGUAUUGGGAAGCCAAUUUAUGGGUGAUCUGCCGGAAUCUCGAGUUAAUCCGGCACCUGUAUUUGGAAGAGUGGGUGUUGAUUACGCAGGACCUUUCAUGAUGCGAUUGAGUAGUAGAAGUCCCAAGUCAUACAAGGGAUACGUCCUUGUCUUUGUAUGUAUGGUAGUAAAGGCAAUACACCUAGAGUUGGUGUCGAACUUGACAACGGAAAAUUUCAUAGCUGCAUUCCAACGAUUCAUAGGUCGACGUGGGCUUCCGAAUGACGUGUAUUCCGAUAAUGGAACAUCUUUCGUAGGUGCGAACCAUGAGCUAGCCGCUUUAAGAAGACUUUUCGAGGACGAACAGCAUCAGCAGGAAUUGGCUGAGUUCUGCUCUGCCAAAGGUAUACGAUGGCAUUUUAUUCCUCCCAGAAGUCCCCACUUCGGGGGAAUUUGGGAAGCAGGCGUUAAAUCGAUGAAAUUUCACUUCAAACGGGUUGUCGGCGAUACAAGGUUAACGUUUGAAGAAUUGAGUACGUUUCUAGCACAAACUGAAGCUAUACUAAACUCUCGCCCCUUGUGCCCAUUAUCCGAUGAUCCAAACGACACUGCCGUAUUAAGCCCGUCGCAGUUUCUCAUUGGCCGCUCAGCUGUGGCCCUUCCGGAACCAUCAUACACAGCAAAGAAGGUAGGACAAUUGACUAGAUGGCAGCAUAUUCAGCAAAUGAGGCAACAUUUGUGGCAAAGGUGGUCGAAGGAGUAUCUCCAUCAUUUACAAACUAGGCAGAAGUGGCAUAAUGGUGUUGUAGACUACAAAAUCGGUGCAUUGGUAUUGUUGCUCGACGAAAAUUUACCACCGCAGCAUUGGCGCCGCGGACGAAUUGUUGCGAUGCAUACUGGUAAGGAUGGAGCAGUGAGAGUCGUGACAGUGAAGACCGCAACAGGCGAAUACAAACGUGCAGUCACUAAAAUUGCAGUACUACCUUCGGUUGAGCCCGAGGACUCAACGGGGGGAGAAUGA